CUGAAUAAGAAAAUGGCGACCUUCUUCCCACCACAUUCAAAUUGAAAGAGACGAACUUCUAAGUCCUCACCCUUGAGUUUAUAAAUACUCUAAAGUUUUUCUCUAAAUGACACACACAAAUUUCAUCAAAGUAUAGCCUUGUAUCAAGCAAAAGCAUGUGGUCUACAAAUCCCAUUAGAGCUCUUUUUACAAGACUUAUGCACCAUUCCAUCCAUAAAGAUUUCCAUGAAGCAGUGACCAAAAUGUCCAUCUUUGAUGCUUUUCUCUUCUAUAUUGUACACUCCGUUGAUAAGAUGGCAAUAUGGCCCCGUUUACCUGUUUUCUUAGGCCUAUUUUACUUGUUCAUUAGGCGUCAUCUUCACCAACGGUACAACCUCAUAGAUGUUGGGAAAAUACAUGAAGGGGUUAGAUCUAGCACUUCUACUCAUCCAUAUAGAACAGCUGAUGGAAAAUAUAAUGACCCUUUCGAUGAUCAAGCUGGAAGCCAAGGGUCUUUCUUUGGAAGAAACGUUCUUCCUGUGGAUCAGAAGAACAAGCUGUUGAAGCCAGAUCCAAUGGUGGUGGCUACAAAACUUUUGGAGAGGAGAGAAUACAAGGACACAGGCAAGCAAUUUAAUGUGAUUGCAGCUACUUGGAUUCAAUUUAUGAUACAUGAUUGGAUAGAUCAUUUGGAAGAUACCAAUCAGAUAGAACUGACUGCCCCACAAGAAGUUGCAAGUCAAUGCCCACUAAAAUCUUUCAAGUUUUUGAAGACAAAGGAAAUGCCCACUGGGUUCGAUGAUAUCAAGACUGGACAUCCAAACAUACGCACACCUUGGUGGGAUGGAAGUGUGAUAUAUGGAAGCAAUGAUGAAAUUUUGACCCAAGUGAGGACUUCCCAAGAUGGGAAGUUAAAAAUAUCAAAGGAAGGAAAUCAUCUUCUACAAAACGAAGAUGGAGUUGCAAUUUCAGGUGAUGUUCGCAAUAGUUGGGCUGGUGUUUCAACUUUGCAAGCCCUUUUCAUUCAAGAACACAAUGCUGUUUGUGAUGCUCUCAAGAAAGAAUACCCGUAUUUGGAAGAUGAAGAUCUUUAUCGUCAUGCUAGAUUGGUGACUUCAGCUGUUAUUGCAAAGAUUCACACCAUAGAUUGGACUGUGGAGCUCCUUAAAACUGACACUUUGCUUGCUGGCAUGCGUGCUAAUUGGUAUGGAUUAUUGGGAAAAAAAAUCAAGGACAAAUUUGGGCAUUUUGGAGGAGCCAUCUUGAGUGGAUUUGUGGGUAUGAAGAAACCAAAAAAUCAUGGUGUUCCAUAUUCUUUAACUGAGGAAUUUGUGAGUGUCUAUAGGAUGCAUCAACUCCUACCCAAUUCUCUGCAUUUGAGGGACAUAUCUGACUCUUCAGACCCAGGGCAUAACAAAUCCCCCCCAUUCACCGAAGAGAUUCCUAUGCAUGAAUUGAUUGGAUUACAAGGAGAAAAAAAAUUGACAGAGAUAGGAGUUGAAAGCACACUAGUAUCAAUGGGUCACCAAGCUUGUGGUGCCCUAGAACUUUGGAAUUAUCCCUCAUUUCUUAGAGAUUUGGUACCACAUAACGUAAAUGGCACAGAAAGAUGUGAUCAUGUGGAUUUAGCUGCACUUGAAAUUUACAGGGAUAGAGAGAGGAAUGUACCUAGAUAUAACCAACUAAGGAGAGGACUACUAAUGAUACCUAUUUCAAAAUGGGAAGAUUUGACAGAUGAUAAAGAAGUAAUUAAAGUAUUGGAAGAGGUAUAUGGAGAUGAUAUUGAGGAGCUUGAUGUACAAGUAGGUCUAAUGGCAGAGAAGAAGAUAAAGGGUUUUGCAAUAAGUGAAACAGCUUUUACAAUAUUUCUUCUCAUGGCAUCUAGGAGGCUAGAAGGUGAUAGAUUUUUCACAAGCUACUACAAUGAGGAGACAUACACCAAAAAGGGGUUAGAAUGGGUCAACACAACUGAGAGCUUAAAAGAUGUGAUUGAUCGUCACCAUCCACAAAUGACAAACAAAUGGAUGAACUCUUCCAGUGCUUUCUCUGUUUGGGACUCACCCUCAAUCAAACACAAUCCUAUUCCAUGUUACUUACGUAUUCCUAAUUGAUCACAAUAUUUUGUAAUUUGUAUUAAUGAGUGAGUGUUUUUGCUUUUCUUUUAAAUAAUUCACACUUGAUCAGUGUACAUGCCUUUAUGCAUGAGCCGGAUUAGUCGCCCAUCUUUGUAUCUCAUAUUGUUCUUCUCUUAAGUAUUUUAAUUAUUUUCUGCUCAAGAUUUGUCCUUUUCUUGAACAGCAUCAAUUGAUUUUUUUAUAAGGAGAUUUUGAAUAUGUCUGUUGUUGAGAGAAUCUUGUCUUAAUUGGUUGACUGUUGCUUGUAGCUGUAAUCUGUAAGGUAUAUUUGAUGCUUGAUCAAAUCUUCCCUUAAAUGAAAUGGAGGGACAUUAAUGUAUCUAUAUACUUACUUUA